UUCAGUCUGGAAUAUCUUGGCCAUCAUUUAGAACUAAGCGCAUAAUUUGGACAUUAGAAUGUUUUUUUAUAAAAACGUCGUCUUUAUUAGCGAGGGCAGACACUGUUUUCACCGAGGCAGCAGGAAGAGGAGUGCUUUGUUAAACAUCUGCAAAAACCGCUGGGGCCGUACGGUAAUGUAACAGAAAAGACAGGAUCCUCGUCGAGUCGCAAUGAGACAUUAGAUUUCCGCCAGAACUGUCAAAUUAAAAGCGCUGGUUUGGCGCACACGUCGAAACUUCGCUCAGUCAUAGCAGUAAAAUACAAAUAUAAGCUAGAUAUAACGUGCUAUAGUGUUAAAGGUAACACUGACUACAACAGACACCGACGUUGAACACUUCAGUGACUUGCCUUGUUUGCUGCCACCAAUGUUGAUGCUAUAACUUUGAAGGCGACAUCUGCUCGUUUCCUGCGCACAGACCGUGACGUUCGCACGGUUUCUGCUUCGGCAUUAACUGCUAGCUACCGCCAACGUUUUUCUAAUGUCGUUUUAGCUGCAAUCUCCCGCUUUAAGCGUGUGUUCGCUCAAACGACAUCAUAUCGACACACGAUAUUUUAUAGUCGUGAGCAAAGUUUGUCCCACGUCUUUGUCAAACUCAUGAACUUGUUUCAGUCUGGCUGUGGGAGCGAGUGAAGGCGGUCUCCUCGUCCAAGAGCUUCCCGAGCAAUGAAGAGUCAGCAGAAAAGCCCUGAACAAGACGGCACUGUUACCGUCAACGAGGAAGGGUCCGUAGCUACCGCUGAGGAUCCAGCAGCUAUUGCUACCAUUCAGUCUGCUGCCACCUUUACUGACCAACCCAUCAAAUAUCUGUUCAAGACAGAAGGAGCGGGUGGACAGGUGACCUACAGAGUGAUCCAGGUGGCAGAUGGCCAGUUGGAGGGUCAGACAGACGGAGCUGCAGCGGUCAGCCUGGUCGCCGGUUUCCCCGCGACCACUCAGACUGUCACACAGGUGCCAACAAUAACUGACAGCUAACUGUAAUCUUAGGAGGUUGGAAGAAAAAGGUGUCGUAAACCA